UGUCAUUAUUUUUCUUUUUCAGAUUUCAAAAUCUGUUCGACGGGGAGAGAAGGUGUAUAAUUUAAAGGCUGUUGUUAGGAUACUAAAUGGUGGAGUCAUUGUGUGGCUCAAGUUCAACUAAUAAACUUCAAUUCUCAAUACUUGGAGGCUAAUAACCAACCUGCUAUCAACGCAGAGAAUGAUUUAGAAAUUAGACUUGGGCAACCAUCAUCUAUUAGAAAUGGAAGCUGCACCAACUAUGUUUGCUCCGUUUGCUUCAAACAUCAAAAAGAAUCCCCCAGGACUCGACUUUGCUGGAACCAAAAUCGUGGACGCUAUCCAGAAUAACUGGGUAUAUGAACAGAUCGUCCAAGUGAUACAAGCACAACCAAAUGGAAUCAACGAAAAGGGUUGGCACGGAUUUACUCCCCUCCACCGAGCAGCGCUGAGAGGCGAUCCUGCCAUCAUAACCCUUCUCUUGGAACAUGGUGCUGAUGUGAACGCUCUCAAUGACUACGGAGAAACACCUGUGAUGUACGCUUGCAAACGAGGCAACCCUAAGAACGUGAGCUUGCUUCUGGAUGCAGGAAGUCAGCUGGACGCAGAGGACCAUCAGGGACGUAAACCUGUACACCAUGCAGCAGCUGGGGGCAGUGUGCACACCUUGCAUUAUCUAGAACAGGUCCAUGGAGUUACGUUUGAUGAGACAGACAAAAAUGGUCAAACACCUCUCCAUGUUACAUGUUAUCAAGGAUUUCAAGAUGCUGUUAAAUACCUCUUAAGAAAAGGGCGAUCAGACGUCUUGUUACCAGACAUUCAUGGGAAUUUGCCAAUCCACAUUGCCUGCUUGAAUUCCCUGUCGGAGACAUGCUGGACUCUAUUAGAGAUGAGUUCAUGUCAAACCCUACUCAUCAAGAAUAAAGAAGGAAAGUCUCCCCUUGACGUCCUGAGAGAGGGCAGGUCCAUGCCGCAUCAGUACUUAUUUAAAGAAAUGGAAUAUUGGGCUCAAUCCAAAGCCCCUCACUUGCCUCCAAAGGGACCCCUCCUCUCCUGGUAUACCCUCCUAUUUGGACCCUUUAUAUACUUCGCCACUAUCGUUGUCGUUGGAAGUCAUCUUAAGCAGUAUGCUGGUGUAGUGAUGGCGUUAUUCACAGCUAUACUAGUCUUCCUGAUCAGCAACCAACAUCACAGAAUCUCACAUAUUAGCAGAUGGGCCAAUCCAGUACAAGCAGGAGCUUUCUUUGCGGGGAUCACCCAUACAGCCAUCUGUUAUUUCUACAAAGUACUACCAGUGUUAUGGCCAGAUACCGUCUGCCUAUCACUUCUAAUUCUAGUUCCUCUGGCCUUUGUGAUGCUCACGCUUUACGUCCGCCUUCUCACCGGAGAUCCUGGUACAUGCAAGACGUCGGAGCGGAACAGUCAAGACGGGUCGUUACUGACCAUAGAGGAUGUCGUCAAAGGAAGAUGCAAGAUGGACGUGUUCUGUGUGACAUGUGAGAUCAUUCGACCUGUUGGUACGAAGCACUGUCGAUUGUGCCACCGAUGUGUGAGGAAUCUUGAUCAUCAUUGCCUCUUCAUCAUCAACUGUGUGGGUGAAUGCAACCACCGGUCUUUCAUCAUCUUUCUCUUCCUCACAUCUAUCGCUCAUCUCGUGUUCGUCAUCCACGCCUACCUCUCUCUCGCCUCCCUGUACCCCGACGCUGACCUUUGGCCUCUCGUGGUAGAAGCAUUCUACGACCAGACCUGGGUCCUGAUUCUCGUCGUCCUCAACACGUAUUCUGUCAUUUGGGAGGCGUUCCUCAUACACUAUCAACUCAAGUACAUCUCUCGUGGUUUGACCACCGCGUACGACAUCUCACGGAGGAAUCCGAACUAUGCGCAGAUCAUGGACGUCUCGUUCCGCGACAGAUGUCGGAAUGUUAAGAACUUCUUUCUUGGAAGGAGAACGCAUUCUGCCUUUGAGAUGCAUAAUUUACGAAUGGUUUAGUAUCGUUCUAUGAAAACUAAUAGUUGUGAUACAACUCUUAUGAAGCGAUGCCUGUAGUGAAGAGAUGCAUCGAUUUCUACAUGUACAUCCUAUAGUGCCCUGUGAAUAUCACUCUUCAGUACCUGUGUUGUGCACUUGUGUCAGCUUGUCUCGAUUUGGAAUUUACAUUCUGGCAAUGGAGAUCCCUGGUCUGGCAUAAAUUUAUUUCUCAGAAAUGAAAGGUAUAUUGGACAUACUAUACCUAGAUGUACAUAGGUAUAGCUUACGGUAAUUGUCAAGAAGUGGCUAACUCUGUGGGUUCUUUUUUUAAUUGGGCUUGCAUAUAGAUAUCCCAGUGUGAUAAGUUUUCAUUUCAUUUAAUAACAUGGAUACACAAUGACACCAUGAUGGUAUAGCUACAUGUAUGUAUUCCAAAAUUCAUGCAAUGAAUAUCAAAAUAAGUCGGGAAAAGAUCAAACCAUUUAGCAGUAUUUCCACCGGUACCAAAUAUUGUACUGUUCAUAAAAACUAAUAUUGAUUCCUUUUAAUACUCUCAUGUAGGUUUCAGAAAAAAAUAAUUGCGACUUUCUCUUUGUGCAAUUGAGCUCCAAGUCAAUGUGCAAAUUACAUCUAUUUUGAUAAAAAAUUGUAUACAUGUAGGUGUAGCCGUGUAGGUUUAUGUUUUCUGUUGUUUUUCCUUUUUUGCCUGUCUCUUUACACUAUCAAUGCACAAAACCUCUAAUAACUUUGCAUUUGGCAAAGUUCUGAAUAAUGGAAGCCUGUAGGUGUUAUGAUAUAAUACAUGUAAAUCCAAUAAUGAUUGCGCACAAAAAAACAUUUUCAAUUUUCUGAGAAAAGAGCAUUUUAUGGAAUAUCAAAUGAUUCAAUGGGGGAGCAGCUUACAAGUCACAAAAUUUCUGUUUUUCUGCUUUUAUCAAAACCAAUCAUACGUUAGUUUUUACUUUCCCUUUUAUAAUAGGUCUC